AUGGGUUUCCUCCGUACACUGGGCGACAAGGCCGACAGGUUCAUGCUGCACGCCACCAACGCUGCCGCCCUCAGCCGCGCAUCCAACACCGGUGGAGUUGAUUGUGUCCCCGCCGAAGGCCUCCCUCCGCGAUACAAGGGCAACGGCCAGAGCCAACCUCCCCCACGCCAGUCGAAGAUGACGUGGGAGGAGACGCUUGCGGCAGAAAAGGCUGCGAAGGACAAGGAAGCUGCUCUCGACAAAUGA